CUUUUCGUUAUUUUCAUCAUCGUCAUCAUCUUCGUCAUCCUCGUGGUCAUCCUCGUGGUCAUCCGUCGGUUCGUCUGUGAAAUAACUUUCGAUUUCACCCUCAACAUCCUUGCUCCACUCCUCAAUGCCUUCCUGUUGGUGGUGAGGGUGCUUAGGAAUCACUCCGGCUCAAGCUGGAAUGACUGCCACCAGGCAGACUAG